AUGAAGUUCGGCCGCAAGAUCAGUAACGACCUCUACAACGAAUGGCGCCCGUUUUACAUUGACUACAAUCUUCUCAAGCGCGAGCUCAAGGCUCGGACCACUUCGCGCAAUUGGAAUGACGAGGAUGAGCGCGAGUUUACCCGCAUGCUCGAGCGCGAGCUUGACAAAAUCCACAACUUCCAGAAGACGAAGACCUUUGAGCUCUCGCGCCGGAUAAACGACGCGGAGAAGGCCGUCAAGCGCCUCGUCUCCUCCAUGGACGGUGCUGCUGGCGCUGGGCACCACCAUCAGGAGUCCUCGUCUGCGACGCUCGACCACGAGGCUCAGCAGCGUCGCGAGGAGGUCACUCAAGAUGCGGGUUCGGACGAUGACAUGAGCGACGAUGACGACGACGACGACCUGUCCGUCGAUGCCCUGGAGGACCAAUUCAUGCUGCUCGAGGAGGAGGUCGCCACUCUCGUGGCUGACGUGCAUGACCUUGCGCUGUAUACGAAGCUCAAUAUCACCGGGUUCAUGAAAAUUCUGAAGAAACACGAUAAACAAACGAAUCGCCCUCUGAAACCGACGUUCAUCCAAGACUACCUGGAGAAGCGUCCUUUCUACAAGUACAACUGGGACAGCCUGAUCGUCAAGCUCUCGAAGCUCUACGACCUCGUCCGCACGCGGGGGCACCCCGUUCAGGGCGACUCGAGCGCGGGCGGGAACCAGAGCGCGUUUGUCCGGCAGACGACCAAGUACUGGGUGCAUCCAGACAACCUCGUCCAUCUCAAACUUUCCAUCCUCAGACACCUCCCCGUCCUUGUGUUCAACGCCGAAAAGGAGUUCGAGCCCAAGGAUGCCGCCAUCACUUCCAUCUACUUCGACAACGAGGAUCUCGAGCUCUACCUCGGUCGUCUCGAGAAGACGGAGGGUGCGGAGGCCGUUCGUCUGCGAUGGUACGGCGACAUGGACCAGAAGACGAUCUUCGUCGAGCGCAAGACGCAUCGCGAAGACUGGACGGGCGAGAAGUCUGUCAAGGCCCGCUUCCCGAUCAAGGAACACCUCGUCAACGCCUUCCUCCGCGGCGAGUACACCAUGGACGAAGAGUUCCAGGAGCUUGUUAAGAAGGGCAAAAAGUCGCAGCAGGAGGUCGACAGCAUGAUCCAGCUCGCAAACGAGGUCCAGUACGCGGUCCUCACCAAGAAGCUCGGCCCCGUCAUGCGCACGUUCUACAACCGUACCGCGUUCCAGCUCCCUGGCGACGCGCGCGUCCGUAUAUCCCUCGACACCGAGCUCACAAUGACCCGCGAGGACAACUGGGACGGCAAGAUACGUGCCGGCGACAACUGGCGGCGGAUGGACAUCGGGAUCGACCACCCGUUUGACCAGCUGCCCCCAGAGGACAAGGAACUGUUCAAGUACGGCGUGCUCGAGGUCAAGUUGCAGACGCAAUUCGGUCAGGAGCCUCCGGAGUGGGUCACCGACCUUGUCUCGUCACAUCUCGUUGAAGCCGUACCGAAGUUCAGCAAGUUCAUCCACGGAUGCGCUACUCUACUGCCACAUCGUGUCGAUCUUGUGCCCUUUUGGCUUCCUCAGAUGGAAGUGGAUAUCUUGAAGCCCGACUCUGGUGUGGUCACCAUCGAGCGCCCUCUCCAUGUCUCUUCAUCGAAAGGCACUUCCUCCGGUUCACAUACCGGCACGUCUGGGGUGACAACACCUGAGCGCAUGGCCUACACGGAGCCUAUUUCCGAGGGCGAAGACGAUGAAGAUAUGGACUUGGCUCCCGCUCGCGACGAAGACAAGCGCACAGGUCUCUCAGGCACUGACGUUGCGGCCGCGGUGGCGAUUCGUGAACGGAACCUCAAGGAACGAGCGCAGGCGCGGGCAGCCGAGGAUGAGGACGGGGAGAGUCUGCUCCAGGGUGCCACCAAAGGCAUCCAGUCGACGCUCGAAAUCACAGCGCAGGCACGCUCGAUGUCGAUCGACCCUCUCGCGCCAUCUCAGGCGUUCGACGAGACGCUGCGGGAUCGCCUCCGGGCGGACGCCCGCGCGACAGAAGGCGACGCGGACGACGAGGACGAGGACGAGGCGGACGAUGAAGAAGCGACGCGUGCACAACAGGCGCGGGAGCGCGCGGAGGGUUCGUCCUCGCGCACGAACGGCGACGACAGGCUGCUCGAGCGGCGGUUCACCGCGCCGUCGGGCAAGCUCAUCGCGGUCCCGGUGCGGAUCGAGCCGAAGGUGUACUUCGCCGCUGAGCGGACGUUCUUCAAAUGGCUGCACUUCGGGAUCUACAUCGGCACGAUCGCGACCACGCUCCUGAACUUCAUCGCGCCCACCGACAGCGCUGGGAUGCUCUCCGCGUACUUGUUCACCGCGCUCGCGCUCGCGACGAUCGCCUACUCGGCCGCGAUCUUCAUCUUCCGCUCGUACAGCAUUCGCCACCGCCGCGCGGAGGGUCUAUACUACGACCGUUUCGGACCGACGGUGCUCAGCGUAGCCCUCGUCGGUGCGUUGGGCACGAACAUCGUGCUGAGGCUGCGAGAGCUAUAG